AUGGUAGGCAACGACCUUGACCUAUGGAUUCCAAGGGGAGCCGAUAUCGAAGCAGAUGAGGUUCCCGAUUAUGGGCAGCCGGAUUAUUUUACAAUAAAGGUGUUUCAUGGGAGCUGUAUAAGGGAUAACAAGUAUGUGGGAGGAAAUGUGAAUUUUUUUGACUAUGUGGAUAAGGACAAGAUGUCCCUCGUAGAGAUAGACAAUAUGGUGAGGCAAUUGGAUCCAACAUAUGAAGGGCAGAGAAUAGAUUAUUGGUAUAGGAUUGGUUCCGAGGAUGAAGCAUUGACGAAGCUAAGUACUGAUUUGGAUGCCAUAACAAUGUGUUGCUGUGUACCUUCAAUUAGGUUGGUGUUACUGUAUUUAGAUCAUAUAGAGCUACAUGGUGUGUAUGGGGACAGCUUGGAUGAAGUGUAUGAAAUAGAGGACAUCUUUUUUAGCCAAGCAAAAUCUGGUGGGGUAGUUAUAGAGGAACUGCCAGAUAGCCCAAGAAAAAUAGCAAAGAGAAACGCUGGGAUAGUUAUAAGAGAAGUCCAGGAUAUUGUGCCAUUUCAACAGAUGAAGGCUGCUAGUAUUGGUCCAAAUGACAAGGGUAAAGAAAAGGUUGAUGAAAGGAGCAACCAAAACUCUAGCGGUAUCGACUUUGAUGAUCUGCACGAUAUAGACAUCCUAGAUUUCAUGCAAAGUUAUGGUGGACAAGGGUUUGAAGAUAAUGAAGAGGAUGAAGAAGAUGAUGGAUCUGAUGGGAAUAAUGAUGAUGAUUACAACCCUGAGGUGGAUGAUGAAGAUUAUGACCCUUAUGGUAUAGAUGAUGAUGAUGAUGAUGAUGAUGAUGAUGUAGAGGGUAUGGAAGGAAGUCAAGGAGCAGAUGGUGGAAAGCAAACUGAAGAUGGUGUAGGAACAAGCAGUCAAGGAUCUGUAUUGGGGAGCAUAGAUGCAUAUGCUGAUUUGGAGGACAAUGAGGACAUGUUUGCUAAUGUGGAUUCGGAUGAAGAGAGAAUGGGACCUGCCGUAAACUCUGAUGGGGAGCCUGAAGAUGAAUUCCCAGAAUUUAACCCGAACACAGACAUGAAGAAACCUGAGUUCUGCAAAGGGAUGAUAUUUGCUAAUGUAAGGAUAUUAAGAGCUGCAUUGAGGGAGAAAGCAAUUCAAGGUGGCUGGGAAUACGUGUACCUCAAAAAUGACAAGCAAAGAUUAAGAGUGAUAUGCAAGGAGGAUGACUGCCCCUUCGAGCUUUAUGCAUCAAAAAUGCAACAUGAGAACACACUAAUGAUCAAGACAUAUGAAAGUGAGCACAAGUGCACAAGAAAGUGGAACAACACAAUGGUAAGGUCUAGAUACUUGACUGCAAAAUUCAAGGACAAGAUUCAGCUUAAUGAAAACUGGAACACAGGUUCUCUUGCCCAAACCAUGUCUACGAAGAUCAAGGCAAGGGUAUCAAAGCAAAUGGCCUAUCGGGCUAAAAGGGCAGCUUUGUUGGAAUUGGAGGGCUCUAUUAGGGAACAAUUUGCAAGGCUGGCAGACUAUGGCAAAGAGCUGCAGCGGGUUGACCCAGCAACCACGAUAGAUAUCAAGUUGUAG